UGGCAGGCCAGACAUUGGCACUCGCCUCUCCGAGGAGGGGGCACUCAGUUCCUCUCGUGUACAUUCGUGUUUCGUCAGUCGUCAACUAAAAAAAAGAGGGAAAACUUGCCUCUCAUUUUCCUCAAGCCCCACCGAAGCGACUCACGGUACAAGUCAACCGAUAUUUUCCGGCCGAUAUUCAAAAAACCAAGAAAAUCGAUUGAAAGACAAAAAAAAAUAAAGAAGGAAAAUCGGUGCUUUUCACGGCCAAGAAAACGGAUUAUCACACGGAGAAUUAUAAAACAAAUCGGCGAAACACAUCUUCCGCCAUUCUAGAUUUCACGGUGUUGGGGAGAGAGACCCUUUCCAAGAAUUUUCGCAAUGUCUCUCUGGGCGAAGGCACAGCAGCUGCCUCAGGAGGCACUGCAGCAGGUGCGAUCGGUGUACGGUGAGCACUUCCCCAUCGAAGUGAGGCAUUUUUUGUCGUCAUGGAUCGAGGAGAAGAUGUGGCCGGACAUAGAGCCAGACAAUCCUCAAUACGAGCAAUACACAAGAGAACUCGUGAGUUCGCUGAUCCAGGAAUUGGAGACAAAAGCAGCAUCUCUUCACACUGAAGAUCUCUUUCUGACAAAGCUGAAGCUCAUCGAGGCAGCAAAAACAUUUCGCCAGCGUUACUCCCAGAAUCCAGCGAAUCUCUUCCGGAUUAUUCGCCACUGCCUGGGAACUGAGAUGAAGCUCGUGGCACAGGUUGAAAAUCUGGGUGGUGCCCUGAUGAGUAUGGCACACGGUAGAGUUGGUCUGAUGGUGGGUGAUGCAGUGGCAGAGAUUGCCCAACAGGUUGAGGCACUUAGACGUAGAACACAGGAGACAGGUGAAGAUCUCCGUAAGAUGGAGCAGGAGCAGGAAGCAUUUACCAUAACCUAUCACGAGUGUACAAAACUCAAUGCCCACCUGCAGCAAUUGGCGACCCAUCCACAGAAUCAGCAGAGUAUAGAGGCUGAGAAGAAAAUCAGUCGACAAAGGGAGCAACAGGAGCAGAUGCUCAAUCACAAACUUGCUAGUCUCAUGCAGCUACGUUUUACCCUCGCUGAUAAACUCAAGGACACCAUCAGCCGACUCAGUAGCCUACAGUCACGUGUACUCGAUGAGGAGCUCAUAAGGUGGAAGAGGGAUCAGCAAUUGGCUGGUAAUGGUGCACCUUUCAACUCGACUCUCGAUUCUAUUCAGGAGUGGUGUGAAAGUCUGGCUGAGCUCAUCUGGCUCAAUCGCCAGCAGAUCAAAGAGGCCGAGAGGCUUAAGCAGAAAUUCACCCUUAAUCCAACAGGUAUCCAGGAUAUAUUUCCCGCUCUCAAUUCCCAAAUAACACAGCAAUUGAGCUCUCUGGUCACCAGUACAUUCAUCAUCGAGAAACAGCCACCCCAGGUGAUGAAGACAAACACGAGAUUCACGAGUACAGUGAGACUCCUGGUUGGGGGAAAGCUCAAUGUUCAUAUGACACCACCUCAGGUUAAGGUGUCGAUAAUCAGUGAGGCGCAGGCGAAUUCACUCCUGAAGAAUGAUAAAACGGCUAAGAGUGGUGAUGCCAGUGGUGAAAUUCUCAACAAUACUGGUACCAUGGAGUAUCAUCAGGCGACGAGACAGCUGUCUGUGAGCUUCAGGAAUAUGCAGCUCAAGAAAAUCAAGAGGGCUGAGAAAAAGGGAACAGAGUCAGUGAUGGAUGAAAAAUUCUCAUUGCUCUUUCAGUCUCAAUUCUCUGUAGGUGGGGGUGAACUUGUGUUCCAGGUAUGGACACUGAGUCUUCCAGUGGUGGUGAUUGUUCAUGGUAAUCAAGAGCCCCAUGCCUGGGCAACUGUCACGUGGGACAAUGCAUUUGCUGAGCCUGGAAGAGUGCCAUUUGCUGUUCCUGAUAAAGUCCCCUGGUCCCAGGUGGCUGAGGCCCUCAAUGUCAAAUUCAGAUCGGCCACUGGGAGAUCUCUCAUGGAGGACAAUCUCCGAUUUCUCGCUGAGAAAGCAUUCAGGGGUGGUGGUGGUUGUAUAACCAAUCCUGGAGGCACUCCAUCACCAAAUGUAUCAGGUCAGGAGCAGGAUUACUCGAAUCUACUCCUCAGUUGGGCUCAGUUCUGCAAGGAGCCACUGCCUGAGCGUAAUUUUACGUUCUGGGAGUGGUUUUAUGCUGUGAUGAAACUCACGAGGGAGCAUCUCAGGGGGCCAUGGAUUGAUGGUUACAUCCUGGGAUUUGUCAGGAAGAAGCAGGCAGAAGAGAUGCUGACGUCCUGCCCAUCGGGAACUUUUCUCAUGCGUUUUUCGGAUUCUGAACUCGGUGGGGUGACUAUCGCCUGGGUCGGCGAUCAGUCCGAGGUGUUUAUGCUACAGCCAUUCACCAGCAAGGACUUUGCCAUCAGGAGUCUGGCUGAUAGGGUCUCUGAUCUUCAUCAUCUACUUUAUCUGUAUCCUGAUUUGUCGAAGGAUCAGGCAUUCUCAAAGUAUUACACUCCAUUCACUGAGAAUCAGCCGACGUCUAAUAAUGGAUAUGUCAAGCCACUUCUUGUUACACAUGUACCAGGAUGGGGUGGACCUGGGGUCGGGGGACAGACUCCCUCUCACUCGUCUAUCGUUGGGGUCGGUGGAGGGGGACAGGGGGGACAUGGGGGCAGUUAUCCAGCUACACCGUCUACCAUGUUUCAAGCACACAGUCCUGAUCCCUCUGUCACUAGGGAUACACCGUCCGUUGCUUCGAGCUAUGCUCCGGGCCUUGGUCAGUCGGGUGGUGGUCGACCAAGUGACAUGGACUACGUGGAUUUGAUGACACACGGUGAACUCGGAUCGAUCGAUGAAAAUCUCAACCUGGAUCAGCUCAAUGGAUUCGGCUUUCCCGACUUUAUGCCGAAUUACAAGCCCCAGUAGGUAUGUCAUAAGCAAUAGCGAGCCGAUUUUUCAGGAGUUAAUACCGAUAUCUUAUCAUUUUUUAAAGUUUUUUUUUAUCAAUUCAUGAGAAAUAGUUGAU